AUGACACCCCCAGAUUCGCUUCCUGUGUCUGAGCGGCAGCUUUCUAAUGGUGUACCAUGCAUGAUACGGGCUAGCGUCUGCGCAGCAUCACGUGGCGUGGGCAUCCGGCGGUGCGCACCUGAUCCUAGCAACGGAGCCCGCGUUGCUUCCGGUGUUGUAUGCACUGGCCAAAGCCUUUGUUCUUACGUGUACUCUCGCACGCAGCCACUCAUUGUCGUACUGUCCCGUCGCCGAUCAACAACACUGAAUAGAGACGGCACCAGAGCCCGAAUGGCGACGACUUCUGCAGCGAGAUCGACUCCGCCACCGGAGUAUAGGCCCGACGCUUGCCCUAAGCCAGAGUCUGCACCAUCGGAGAAGACGCGCAGUCUGAAACAUCUUGGUGUCAAGGCGAAAGAGGCACAGGCCAUGCCGACCAAUGCAGCGAUGGUCUUGCGGAACCGUGUGGUGCCACGGGCUGCCCUGGCGCCACUGGAAGCUGCUCCUGUCGCCGAUUCCACCGGAGUUGUCCAGGCCGAGCAAGAAGAUUACGGCUGGAUGGGCCCGAAAAAGUUUCGUGUGUGCCCUGUCUGCAGCCGCCGCUACUCCUCCAUGGAGUGGCUGCGUCGACACGUCCUCAUGCACGAGCGCGGGAAACCGCUCAAGUGCACUCAGUGUGACCACUGGUACAUGGUGCUACGGGCACUCGCCUUGCACAUGUCGAGAGUUCACCAAGCAUGA